AUUGAUUUUCAUAUUGUAGCAAAUUUGCUGCAAAUUUGCAAGAAAGAAUUGCAGUUUGCAGCAAAUUUGCAACAAGCCUGAUAUUUUACUAAGGGAAAUUAUGAACUUGAAAAUAUUUAUAUUUUUCAUUGAAUGCAGCAUAUGGUGAUUUAUCAUCCUUGUGAUUAUGGUAGCCUUAAGACAUUUCCUUAGCAAAAUGAAAAGUUAAUGGCAAGGAGUUAGCACAAGUUUGUAAGAAAAAUUUGUAUUGCUGCUAAUUUCACAGCAAAAUCGCAAGAACAUCUUAAGUUUGUGGCAAGUUUGCAAGGAAGUCUUUUUAGUCUUGAAAAUUUGCUGCAAAUUUGCGAGAAGCCCAUUAUUGACAUUCAGGUUUGCAGUAAGUUUGCAGGAAAGUAUUCAUGUUUAUGCAAAUUUGCAGCACAUUCAACAAAUUUACAAGAACAUAAAAUUCCUUUUUUGCAAAUUUGAAUUGAAUUUGUGAGAAAGUUUGCAGCAGGCCCGUUUUUUCUGCUAAGGGUUAGGCUGCCUACUUAGCUGCAUACAUUUGUACAUGGUCAGAAUGGCAUUGUAAUGCUGAAACCAAAUGCCACUUCUUGCUCUUACUGAGGAUUGUAGAGGUCAUAUCCAGGGUAUCUCCCAUAAACUAUGCUUGUUUGCACACACUAAAGUCUCAUAGUUACAUUAUUGAAGAGAGUUAUUGCAUGUUCAUCAUGCUGAACAAAACAAUCAUUGUCUUUAGAUUUCACUUCAGAUUAAGUCACGUUGCAGUAAUUUCAGUUCAGAAGGCAAAGGUCAAAGGUAUAGCACCUAACUGUAUUUUUAAAAAGUAGUUACAUUUGUUUACCAUUUUGAUCUGAAAAAUGUUUAAUUUGUCUUAUUUUAUAGAUAAAAUUACAUUAUGGCAGCCUAUAAUUAAAAUGGUAUUUGUUUCGAAGAAUUUCUUUGACAUUAUUAGUUCAGGUGAUUUGCUCUAUAUAGAAAAGCGAGAGUACAAGUACUUUGUAGUUUUAUUGUUUGUUAAUCAAGUUGUAAUUGAUAAUUGUUCUACUUGUACGCCAGUUAUAGGUCAAUGUAAUCAGAUGUUUUUUCUGAAAAGGUCCAAAGGAUGGUAUUAAUGUGAUAAUCUUGAUUAUACUGAAGCUUUCAGUACAAGUUUGAAAACAACAGAACAUGGUAGAUGAUUUUUAUCCUUACCAACAAAGAUGGUUACAGAUUUUAUGGAAACUCAUUACCAUGUGGAAAGGAAUCUUUCAAGGAUCCGUGCAUUGGUUUACUGACAGCAGAGCAGGCACUGGCAGACUACGCAGUGUUGCUGACACAGCUGAAGAAAGAUUUUGGAGCUCAGAAUGUCCCUGUUAUUGCCUUUGGGGGCAGUUAUGGUGGAAUCCUAAGUGCAUACAUGCGGUUUAAGUACCCCAAUGUGAUAGAUGGUGCCAUUGCAGCCAGUGCACCAUUGCUGUCCGUAGUUGGGGCUGCUCCAGGAACUUACUUCUGGGAAGAUAUAACUAAUGAUUGUGCCAUGGCUCAUCCAGAGUGCGUCCCCAAGACUAGAGCUGCUUUUCUUGAAAUGGAAAUGAUGUACCAAAUGGGCAGUAAAGGACUGCAGCAGCUCUCUGCAAUAUUUAAGCUGUGUAACCCAUUGAAAAAUAAAGCAGACUUCAAACACUUGCAGGGGUGGACAAGGAAUGCUUUUGCCAAUGUGGCCAUGUUUAAUUAUCCAUAUCCUGCAAAUAACCUUCCUGCAAAUCCCAUACAGUAUAUGUGCAAGCUUAUCAUUAAUAGUAGUAUCGUGGAGUUGAACUUAAAGGGUCUGGCAGCUGCAGCAGGUUUAUAUUAUAAUGCAACCAGUGGAAACAGUAGGACGUGUUUUGACAUUUAUUCUGACUUUGUGGAGUGUGCAGACCCCACGGGUUGUGGUGUGGGCUCUGACAGUUUGGCCUGGGACUUUCAGGCCUGCACUGAGUUUGUGAUGCCACCUGGGAGUGACGGAGUCAGUGACAUGUUUCCUGUCCUUCCCUUCACCCUGGCUAUGAGGACAGAAUACUGUCAGCAGAGGUGGAAUGUCACUCCAAGAGAUAACUGGACUAGGAUAAAUUACUGGGGACCAGAUAUUGAAAGUUCAAGCAACAUUGUGUUUUCUAACGGAGACUUGGAUCCCUGGCACAGAGGAGGGUUCAACUCCAGCCUUUCAAGCACCCUGAUAGCAGUGAAAAUAGAAGGUGGUGCACAUCAUUUAGAUCUCAGAUCUAAAAAUGCAGCUGACCCACAAUCAGUGAUCAAGGCAAGAAAAGUGGAGGUGGCCAAUAUACAGAAAUGGAUAAAACAAACUCGUCAUUUAAAAGGAAAAGAACCAAGAGUCGAUGAUAUCUAUGUAUUAAAGGCAUUAAAAGAGAUUUUAGAGGACCUGUAGUGAUUCAAAAUAUUGAAAUGAUUAUAUGAUACUUAAUUAAAUAAAUAAAUAUAAGUAAGUACUGGUAAAUAAAUAGUGAAAUACCUUCAGAUGCAUGUGUAUUUGCUGUUAUGUUGGAACACAGAAACAUAAUUUAAAUUUUGUUCUUCUUACAGAAAAUGGAACAGUUGCAAAAUGAACUGUUUUUUCAAUGUGUAUAAAUGAUGUUUAAUAUACAUGUACAGGGGCAGUUUGGUUAUAAUAUGGGUACCCACUACUUAUACUGAUUUUCAAGUCGAAAGAUUUGAUUUGCUUAAAGAUAAAUAUUCUCAUCGGAGUAAACCAACAAAUCCUUUUUGAUUUUGAUACUAGUAAUCAU